CGUGCGCCUGCGCGCUGCUGGACCGGGCCUGAGGCGGGUUGCUGCUGCGGUGGGUGACGGCCGGGGCCGCAACCGGGACCGGGGCCGAGACAGGGACCGACAUCGACAUCGGGACCAGGACUUGCCACCAAGAUGAGCGGCACUCUGGCUAAAAUCGCGGAGAUCGAGGCUGAGAUGGCCCGGACGCAGAAGAACAAGGCCACGGCUCACCACCUGGGGCUGCUGAAGGCCCGCUUGGCCAAGCUGCGCCGGGAGCUCAUCACCCCCAAGGGAGGCGGCGGCGGCGGCCCCGGGGAAGGCUUUGACGUUGCAAAGACAGGUGAUGCCCGAAUUGGGUUUGUGGGUUUUCCAUCAGUGGGGAAAUCUACCCUUCUAAGUAAUCUUGCUGGUGUAUACUCUGAAGUGGCAGCAUAUGAAUUCACCACGCUGACUACUGUGCCUGGAGUCAUUAGAUACAAAGGAGCAAAGAUACAGCUACUUGAUCUCCCAGGAAUUAUUGAAGGUGCCAAGGAUGGUAAAGGCAGAGGACGGCAGGUCAUUGCAGUUGCUCGAACCUGCAAUCUCAUUCUUAUUGUUCUGGAUGUGCUGAAACCCCUUGGUCACAAGAAAAUCAUCGAGAAUGAACUGGAGGGAUUUGGAAUUCGUCUGAAUAGUAAGCGCCCCAAUAUCGGUUUUAAGAAAAAGGAUAAAGGAGGCAUUAACCUUACAGCCACAUGUCCUCAGAGUGAGCUGGAUACUGAAACAGUGAAGAGCAUUUUAGCAGAAUAUAAAAUUCACAAUGCUGAUGUCACGCUGCGCAGCGACGCCACUGCUGAUGACCUAAUUGAUGUUGUUGAAGGGAACAGGGUUUACAUCCCAUGCAUUUACGUCCUAAAUAAAAUUGACCAGAUUUCCAUUGAAGAACUAGACAUUAUUUACAAAGUACCCCACUGUGUACCAAUAUCUGCUCAUCAUCGCUGGAACUUUGAUGAUCUGCUGGAGAAAAUUUGGGACUACUUGAAGCUAGUACGAAUCUACACCAAACCUAAAGGGCAGCUCCCUGACUACACCUCUCCUGUGGUACUACCUUACUGCAAGACCACAGUUGAGGAUUUUUGCAUGAAGAUCCACAAAAAUCUCAUUAAAGACUUUAAAUAUGCACUGGUCUGGGGUUCAUCCGUUAAACACAACCCUCAAAAAGUUGGUAAAGAUCAUACUCUUGAAGAUGAGGAUGUUAUUCAGAUUGUGAAGAAAUAAAGUUGUUCUCACACA